CCGCGACCAACAGCCCGCCUUCCGCCCUUCCUUCAACGCCCAACCUUACAAUGUCCGGCUCGCGCUACCUCCUUGUUGCCCUUCCCACCUCGAUCUCGCGCAGUCAUGAUUCAUCAGAAGCGCUCGCCAAAAUCCGCGGCGUGAUCCCGUCGGACGCAGGGAGCGUCUCGUCAUUCCCCAUUCCCGAAUUCAAGAUCGGCACGCUCGACGCACUCGUCAUGCAAGCGGAUGAGCUCGCAAAGCUCGACGCGAACGUCGAGGGUGCAGUAAAUAAGGUUGUCGAUGUUUUACGCAAUAUCGUCCCUGGCCAAGAGAAUGGACAUAAGCUUGUUGGCGAGAAACCGGUGGAGAAGUACCUCGAGAACUUUCAGUGGAACAAGGUGAAAUACCGAGCAGACAAGAGCAUCGGCGAGACGCUCGCAGCACUGCAACGAGAAGUCGUCGCGCUUGACGCAGACAUCAAAUCCGCCUACGGCUCCUACCAAAACAUCAAAUCGUCCCUUAUCAACGUGCAGCGAAAGACGACUGGCAACCUGACUACCCGCUCCCUUGCCCCGCUCCUACGCAAAUCCGACUUCGUAUCGAACAGCGAGUACCUCGAGACGCUCCUGGUCGUGGUCCCCAAGAACCUACAAAAAGACUGGCUACACUCUUACGAGCAGUUCACGCCAAUGGUGGUGCCCCGCUCCUCGCAGCUACUACAUGAGGAAGGAGAAUACCUACUGUACAACGUCACCCUGUUCAAGAAACACGCGGCAGAGUUCGCGCAGAAGGCGCGUGCGGCGAAAUUUACGCCCAGGGACUUCACGUGGAGCGACGAUGCGGUGGAGCGGGAUGCGGCGGAGGCGAGGGAUUUAGAGAAGCAGGAACGGCAGCUGUUCAAUGAGAUCAUUCGGUUGGCGCGCACGGGGUACUCGGAUUUGUUCGCCGCGUGGAUCCACGUUAAGGCCCUCGGCGUGUUUGUGGAGAGCGUGCUGCGAUAUGGUCUGCCACUGGAGUUUGUGAGCGCCGUCAUCCGCACCCCCGGCGACAAGGAGGCGAAGAAGUGCAAGAGCAAGCUCGACUCGGAGUUUGGUUACCUCGGCGGAAAUGCAUUCGGAAGGGAUAAGAAGGGGAACAUCAAGGAUGAUGUUGGCGAGGUUGCGGCGGGUGUCAGUGGGCUGCAUCUGGACUACAGUGCCUACUGUUACUUUGAGUUUGAGGUGCUGUAGAUCAGGAGGAUGUGUGUAUUGCUUUCUUUGCGGUUUGCUUGAUAGUACAUAGCCUCAGUUUGUUACCCCAGAGUACCUAUAUCAUGAGUGGGAUUUGUUGGACCUCGUCGUUUAAGUUGUGCUCCGAUCAGGGUUGAAUCAGAAUCACAUGCCGGUGGUAGAUGGGAUGGUUCACCGUUGUUUGUUCGAAGAUGAGUAUUUUAUCGAUCGGUUUCUGGCGGGGCUAUUCGGAGGACUUGAACAAAAUGUGUUUGGAAGUAGGCUGGUCAUGAGAUCUUGACUGGCCGUUGAGUCUGCUAUGCUAUUCAAUAAACUAUUGACUGGCUAUACCCGGG